CGAAUUGUAAGAGAGAGACUGAUUCAUCAAAUAAACGAAAGGAAGUACGAAUAGAAGAACAAGAAAUAGAUUGGAUUUAAUGGAUAGGGACGGGAAGAUCACUCAUUCGAGCUGAUGACCGAGGCUGUUUGUUGGGGGGGAAGAAGAAGAAGGAUGGAUGAAGUAGCGGCUUUAUCAGCUUCCUUGAUCGAAAACUCAAUCACCACAUCUUCAUCUUCUUCUUCGUCCUCAUCCCUCUUUGAUAAUUUUCCUCUCAUCUCUGCUAUUCUCGCUUUCGCCCUCGCACAAUCCACCAAAUUAUUCACCAACUGGUACAAGGAAAGAAGAUGGGAUGCUAAACAACUGAUUGGCUCUGGUGGGAUGCCAUCAUCUCAUUCUGCCACAGUUACUGCUCUAGCUACAGCUGUAGGGCUCCAAGAUGGCUUUGGAGGAUCAAUGUUUGCUACUGCAAUGAUCUUAGCCUGUGUUGUGAUGUACGAUGCAUCUGGUGUUAGAUUACAAGCUGGGCGUCAGGCUGAGGUGUUGAAUCAAAUUGUAUUUGAGCUUCCAGAGGUGCAUCCUCUGGCUGAAACCAGACCAUUGCGUGAAGUUCUUGGUCACACUCCUCCUCAGGUUAUUGCUGGUGGGUUACUAGGAGUUGUCACUUCCACCAUUGUGUAUUUGAUCGAGAAAGUCAUUUCUCAAGCUUGACGCUAUUGUAGAUGUCAUUUACAUAUUGGCACCUACAGCUGAAAAGCUACUUGUUGAUUUUUACCUGAACUGGUUACUUGCAUCUGAAUGUGAAGCUCAUAUUCUUUGAAACUCUGUCCUGACUACUCUGCUUCCUUCUGUACUGCUAACUG